UUACCAAAGAACUUUUUUUUGUGUGUAGUUAGCGAAGGUGGUAACAUUACAGUAUAUAUAAAGUUGUGUCCAUGGAAUUGGAUGCGUGUAAUUAUUGAGACGUGCCAGAAUUUUCUAGCAGCCUGUAUACCAUCUGAGGUCUUAAAUUCUACGAGUCCCUACAUCAUUAAGUACAGGUGGUUUACCCCCUCGCUUCCCGCCAACUCUCAGCCUGGCCAGACAAGUGUGCCUGUUGACUGAGGCAAGCAUGGCAUUUAAAACCAGGGAUAUAUGUUGCAUUUCGGUCAAACACACACAACACGGCACAGGCUCAUGGACUCUGGACUCAACAUGAUGCCCUUGCUCACUGGGGUGGCGAUACUCUUCGUCGUUCAUACCAGUGCAAGUUCUCCGCCUCAGACUCAAUCGAGCAGUACCACCCGGCCAACGCCUAUCAUUGAUGACCAGGCUGUCGCAAACGUGACGGUGACACCGACACCUAUUAUUGAGGAUCAGGCGAAUAUAAAGGAUCACACAAGCAUCAUGGACAGCACGCAUGAAGAGCGAGAGAAAAGCCGGGAAGAUCAUUUGAAAUUGACUCGCAACUUCCUGGAAACCAACCCGGAGAGAGUAGAGGAUCACGAAGGGGACAUGCUGCUGACGCCGGAGCAGUGGCAAGCCAUCACGGGGCGGAAGGCGACUGGUAAUGUGUUCAGAAGAUGGCCAAAGAAUGCAGUUACAGGCCUCGUUAACGUCCCCUUUUUAUUCGCUGACAAUGGUAGGUAAUUUACUAUAUAAAACAAAUGUCACACGCCCUCUAUGAUACAUCACAUCCUAAUAACAAAGUAAAAUUCUAUACGUAACGUAAUCAACAGAGGUGGAUCGAAGGGCGGUGUUCGCGGCAAUCAAUCACUGGGAGACGCACACCUGCAUACGAUUUCAUCUAACAGACAACACUGCGCAGCCACACCUCCGCUUCAUGAAAGGGCAAGGGUGUUACUCUUACGUGGGUCUCGUCUUUCAAACCGGCCAAGAUGUGUCAAUAGGAGAAGGAUGUACUAGGCUUGGCAUUGUGGUGCAUGAAAUUGGCCACGCGUUGGGAUUUUAUCACGAGCAGAGCCGCCCAGAGCGAGAUGAUCACGUGUACAUCAACACCGACAACAUUCUGGGAAACUAUCGCUCUAACUUCGACAUCGUACAUGCCAUUGAAAACUACAGCGUAGCUUACGAUUUGAGCUCUGUGAUGCACUACAGAUCGAAGGCUUUCUCAGCUAAAGGGAAUACGACCAUAGCCACCAAAAACCUGCGGUAUCAAAGUGUUCCCGGGCAGCGGGACGGGUUGAGUCACAGGGAUAUUCUCCUCGCCAACAUGAUCUAUGGCUGUACUGAUACGUGGCUGAAAAACUGUAAUCGUUCCUCCGAAAUUUGCCAGAACGAAGGCUUUACGGGAAGGGACUGCAAGUGUGUGUGUCGCUCGGGAACCUCCAGCCCAAACUGCGCCAAAGUUACGUUCGACUACUAUAAUAACCUUCUGCAGGAAUACACAGAGGUCGUCACGAAUGGAACAGUCAUUACGUCGCCAAAUUAUCCAAGCGAGUAUGAGAGAGGUCUUAAACGCAUUACCAAUAUCAUCGCCCCGAAAUGCUUCCGGCCAAAGAUCACCUUCAGCUACUUCCGCUUGUAUCCCAGACGCCCCUACUGCGGCGGGUACUCCUGCUGUUAUUUCGACUCCCUUGAGAUUCGCACUGAAGCCCCUUAUAGUCAAGGCGCCGUGUAAGCAAUCUUACAUUUUUUACCGGUAAACUCUUGAACUCUUUGCCUCCUGCAUUUCCUCCUGCCUUUAACUUGACCUGCUUCAAGAGAGAGGCUCCAAGACACUCCUCAAAUUUUGGACAAGCUCUUUUGACUGCACUCUUUUAGAGUCGCCAACUUCAGUGGAUCUUUUUUUAUCAGCCUUUUAUGUUGUCCUUGGCUUGAUCUUCUCUUGCAUUAAAAAAAAUAAAUAAAAAAUAAUGAUAAAAAAUGUGCCAAAAGAAAUACGAAAUUAACAUCCACAUGGAAGAAAGUAGUGAACGACGGUCACUCUUCAAUAGUAAAUAUAAAUUGAGGUUCUCUUCCUUCUCCACAGCUAUUGUGAUCAAGACAUCACCGCUGGACAGUCUUUUUCUGCCACGGGAAGACAGCUGCUUCUGUAUUUCGAGACCAUGAGCAGCUAUUAUCGCGGAUGGGCGGCCAAUGUCACCUUCA